AUGAGCUGGAGACGAGGCGGAGGAGGCGAUGGCGGGGUGUCGAGGAGGUGGGCUGUCCUGCUCUGCGUCGGCAGCUUCUGCCUCGGCCUGCUCUUCACCAACAGAAUGUGGACACUGCCUGAGGCAAGUGAGAUUGCUAGGCCAAACGCAAAUGUAGAGGAAGGCAACGUGCCAGUUGCUGCGGAGUGUGGUUCUAAAAAGGUCCAAGAAAAGCAAGAUUACAGAGAUAUUUUACAAGUUCAAGAUAGCCAUCAUGAUGUACAAACACUAGAUAAGACGAUAGCAAGCUUAGAGACAGAGCUCUCAGCUGCAAGAUCACUGCAAGAAUCCCUGCUGAAUGGUUCCCCUGUUGCGGAAGAGUUUAAAGUUUCUGAAUCAAUUGGGAGGCGAAAGUAUCUUAUGGUGAUAGGGAUCAAUACCGCAUUUAGCAGUCGCAAGAGGAGAGAUUCAAUACGUUACACCUGGAUGCCCCAAGGUGAAAAGAGGAAAAAGCUUGAAGAAGAGAAGGGGAUCAUAAUUCGGUUCGUCAUUGGCCACAGUGCUAUAUCAGGUGGCAUUGUUGAUAGAGCAAUUGAAGCAGAGGACAGGAAACAUGGGGACUUCAUGAGGAUAGAUCAUGUUGAAGGAUACCUUGCAUUGUCAGGCAAAACCAAGACCUACUUUGCUACAGCUGUUUCACUAUGGGAUGCUGACUUUUAUGUUAAGGUUGACGAUGAUGUGCAUGUGAACAUAGCAACACUUGGACAGAUUUUGUCAAAACAGGCAUUGAAGCCGAGAGUAUAUAUUGGAUGCAUGAAAUCCGGACCUGUCCUAUCUGAAAAGGGCGUGAGAUAUUAUGAACCUGAGCACUGGAAAUUUGGGGAAUCAGGAAGCAAGUAUUUCCGGCAUGCUACUGGUCAAUUAUAUGCUAUUUCGAAAGAUUUGGCAACCUAUAUAUCUAUAAACAAGCAUAUCCUGCACAAGUAUAUAAACGAGGACGUUUCAUUAGGAUCUUGGUUCAUUGGGUUAGAUGUUGAGCAUAUUGAUGAUAGGAGACUUUGUUGUGGUACUCCGCCUGACUGCGAAUGGAAAGCUCAGGCAGGGAACAUCUGCGCCGCGUCAUUCGACUGGAGAUGCAGCGGCAUAUGCAACUCCGAGGGGAGGAUCUGGGAAGUCCACAACAAGUGCGCCGAAGGCGAGAAGGCGCUGUGGAACGCCACUUUCUAG